AUGUCCGACAUGUCGCUUGCGCGUUCCCGCUCCCCGGCACAACGCAUGAUUUACAUCCACAUUACCUUGCCUAGUGGGCGCCACUCCAUCCACGCCGCCUCUCCGGACUGCACCGUCGCGGCCUUGUGCGCUUGGCUCCGUGAGUGCCACGCCUGCCGCUUUGUGCAGCUGGUCGACGCCAACGCCUGCGGGGACAGCGCUGCUGUGCAAGGCGAUCUUAUGAGUGUGGAGAGCAUUCACUGCCUGGCAGCAAAGGUCUCCGACGCAGAAUUGCAAGUCAACUCAGGACUGGCCCCUGUCAACCCGGAAGCGCAUCGAGCGCGCAGUGUAAGCUCCAUGGGCUUCGCGUUUACAGGAGGCGUGCUGAGUGUUGAGGAGUUUCGGAAGAGUCUCGGUUCAAAGUUGCAAUCAUCGCGCUGCUGCAGUGCAGUCUUGAGGAAUCGAAUCGAAGCCUCGGCCUUGUCGAGCUCACGCUUGAUCGUGAAGCGGUUGGUCUCCUGCCAGCUCUUGACCGAACUGGCGAGCUGCGGCCGGAUCGGUGCAGUUUCACCCACCGUCCGACUCAGCCUGGGGCCCAUUCGCACCGCCACGGCAAGACGCGCGCAGGCUUCGGACCGAGGGAUGAAACGAGUCGGUGAGUCAGUCGAAACGGAGCACUGUUUGGUGUGCCAAUGUACCAUUUGUUGCUGGGUGUUCGGCCGCUUGGGCCUGGUCUUCGAGUUUAGGCUGGCUGUGACGAUGUGGGCCGCCCAGACGAUGCAGCUGAUCGCGAAGCACUCACCGCCCAACAAGGUCAUGUGGGCUUACGGGAGAGAACUGGCAUGCUUGAUCGAACGAUGCCGCACGGGACGCUCCGACGCUGCCCGAUCUCCUUCCGCAACAUCACAAGGACAGCGGUCGCUCUUCUCCAGUGCAGCCUUGGCCGUCUACCACUUUGUGGCCAAUGGCGAGUUCUCGGCGAUCCUGACGUUGGCCGUGAUCUUUCAAUGUUUGGGCUUUGCGCUGCUGGCGGUGCAAGUCCUCCUUACCGGCAGCGUCGCUGGCAUCUCUGCCCGCGCAUUGGCGUUGGACGCGUGGUCGCUGUGCUUCCGCCUCUCCUCGACGCUUUGGCUGCAUGGCUACCUGCCAGUGGAUGCAUCUGGAGACUUCGUCUUCCAGGCCGUGGACGUGGUCUCCCUGGUCUUGGUCUUUUGGCUCCUGCAUUCCUUGCUUUUUGAGAAGAGAAGCACCUACCAGGAGGAGCAGGACAACUUUCCAGCCACUCCAGUGGUUCUGGCAUGCCUGAUCCUUGCGAGUCUCUUUCACGCAGACAUGAAUGCACGGCCCGCCUUCGACACCUUAUGGAUGGCAGGCCUCUUUAUCAGCGCUGUGGCGGUUCUACCGCAGUUGUGGCUGAUCUUCAAGACCGGUGGGAAGGUCGAGCCUCUGACUAGCCACUACAUCGCAGCGAUGGCACUCGCUCGAGCACUGAGUGGCAUCUUCAUGUGGCACGCCCGCUUCGACAUCACCUGCGAGCCAUGGGUGGAAGGCUACAACCAUGCCAUUUGGGUCAUUCUUGGUGCGCAUGCGGUGCACUUGGCCCUCCUGAUCGACUUCGGAUAUUACUACCUCAAGGCAGUGAUGAAGAAGGGCUUGGGAAGCCAAUUGGAGCUGAUUCAGGACUACGUUUGAGAGGAUAGCGUGCGUGGGCACAGCAUGGGCCCCAAAUGCGAACGCAAUUGGUUGGGCCCAUGCGGCGGCUUGGCAGCUUCUUCCGCCAUGAGGCGGCAGGAGUGAACGAAAGCGCCGGGCGCAGCGACCGGGUGCACAGCACCAGGACGUUU